CCUUUUUUUCGUUCUGAAGUGAUAACAGGCAACGAGUCAGGGAUCACCGGAGGAGCAUGUUCGGAGCAGUGCGCGACAUACUUCGCGGAAGGAGGGUGGACUGCUGAGUCCAUGUAUCGUCCUUUUUCGGUUACCAAGUUGUAUAUUUAAUCAUCAGUGCAAAUAAGAGUCCGAGUGAGUAGUUUCGUCGAACCACUAGAAGCGAUGUCAUCGACUCACAUCGUGCUUGGCAUUACUAUUUUCUUGGUAAGCGCCCUCGUGGCUGCGGCGACCGCCUUUGUUUGCUACUACAGAGCAAGGCGUAGGAUAGACAUCUCACGCAUGCGUAAAGCCUCUGGAGGCAUCCGUGGGUCGCGCCCUCCCCUGGGACUGCCCCGGCGUAAGCCCCCGCCCGUCCCUCGCUCCUGGCAGCCGCCCUCCUCUUCGCGACCCCCGACCUCGUCCUCCCACUCCGCCUCGGAACGUCCUUCGGGGGAUUCGGCGAAUUCCGGUCAAAAUAACAGACAUCUUAAGUCAGCGUCGAAACGCUACAAGCCUCAUGGUAGACCUGCCGACUACCACGUCCUUGGAGUCCGGUCUGAACAUCAAAAACAGCCUUGGGGCUUGCACUCAGACUCUGAACUUCUUCCUUUGCGAAGUCCUAGGAUCGAGGCACAAUAUUUCUACUUAGAUAAUAGCUCUCCUAAUCUGAAGGCUUCAUUGGUGGAAACCAAACAGAGCUCUCGAAACGGCUACCUGUCGGACAUGCGUUUUGAACAUUCAACCGAGAGUUCAGCUAUAAUGAAAUCCAGCAAGGAAAUAAAGUUUAGGAAAGAUGAUUCCGCGGCGGGAAAGGUUCAGAUGAAAUCAACCUUUUCCCUGGAACUCGCAGCCAAAGUGAACGAGAAAUCAUUAACAAGCAAACGUCCGAGCGUAAAGAACGUGACAGAGCAACGUAGGUCAUUUUCAGACCAGGAACCUGAUUACGCCAGCCUGGGCGAGGACUCGGAAGAUAAGUGCGGAUCAAACUCAGCCACUCUGCAAAGACCACUAGGAGGCAGGACCGGAGAGCAACAGCAGCUCGAUGGCGUGCAAUAUAUGAACGUGACAGAGGUCUCGGGACCUUACAUGAAUGUCAUUUCUACCGAUUCACUUACGAAAGGUCGCGGCCCGGAGCUGCACAAGGCCAUCUCAGAUCCUGAACAUCUCUACGAAUCCCUGGGCGAAAAUGAGCAGGAAGAAUGUCGGUCCGGCAAUGCAACUUGGCAAGGCGUGAUCGGGCCACAAACUCUUAGAAGAAUGGGAGAAAGGGUUGGAGAAGACUGGCGGUGCAUGAAGAGGGAUUCGCACCCGUAUGCCAUUCCUUGCAGCACCGACGACGAAGAAGACCCAUACGAGGAAAUUAGAGAGAUGUGACAGCUUCCUCGAGAUGCGCAUAACGACAUUGUUCGUGAGCAUUUAGGAAUGUGAACAAGAGAACGCGAGCGCCUCACAACCAUCCGGGCGUCAUGGAGUUAAGGAAUAUUCCCUGAAAGGUCAAAAACCCGAAAGAGAAAUGUCACACUGGAGAGAUGUAGCCUUGUUAACAAAACAACCUUAUCAGAGCCAAGGGAAGAAUCCGGUGAUCCCCCGAACGAUAUAUGUGGCGCAGGAAGUCCCUCUGUUUUCAGGAAGUACUUCUUGGAUACGAGAUGCUGUGACAGCUCUUGGUUAUCUUCUUUUUUCAUCUGAUAAACUUAGAGCUAAAAAAUAUCUCACUGUGUUCUUGAUUAGCUGUUUUCAGUUUUUAACAUGUAUCUGUUUUCUCUCCUCUCUCUAUUUGGUGAUCUACUUCAUCAGCAAAAAUCAAAAUCUACGUUUCUGCUUCUCAUUACUAUAUAAAACUUUUUUAUAACAGGUGAUGUGCUUUUCAUUGGAUAUGUAGUAGCAAUAACUAUAAAAGUAAUCGUCUUUUCAAAACACAUAGGCAGCAGGUAC